AAACUGGACUGUCCUACAGCUGAAGCUUUAAAAAAGCAGGUCAUGUUGAAGCUUGUUGCAGUUAAUCACAUGCAUUAAUUUGCGCAUUUUUUCCCCCCCUUUUAUUUUCAUUUUAUUUACCUUCUCCUGUCUGAUCUGAUCUCGUCAGGAACGAAAACAAAAGACUGAUUUUAUUUUAUUUUUUUUUAUCAAGUCAAAAGUAAAGCACGUGAGGCACCACUGCAAGACUGAAUCACUUCUAAUUGUCGCAUUUUAUAUCUGGAAACGAAUCGUUAACGGUGACGAUGUAAAAUGUCGCCAUUCGGCGCCGCCGUGUUGGUCAUUUAUCCAGAUCUUUAGGAAUCUUGCGUAAUUGGUUGAGUUGCCCUGCUGGCUCUGUCUCUCUCUGGCCACGCUCACUACACAAAAUCAUCAUCAUACCGUUAUCCGCUUCCAGACAUGACGUUUUCACGAUCGUGAACUGACUCAAAGUUAAAAUCUGUUCGUGAAUGGACUGAAAGACGUGAGCAAUAACAAAAUUCGGACGCAAUCAGCGACUGAAAUCGCUGCUGUAGAGAGGGUUUUUUUUUUGGUCCUAGAAGUGUCCUAGGUCCUCUUCUUUGGGGUUUUGUGGAUGUGUUUAGUGGCGUUUGUGUAAUAUGAACUGUAAAGAGCUUGUAAAGGUCAUGCUGAAACACUCUGGUGUUUUAAAAAUAAAUUUUAAACUAAAAAGAAAUUGCCCUUAAUCACGCUCAUUGCACUCCAUCGGGGAAGAAAAUAAAACAAACAAAACCCUGACCCGUAUUUGGUUUUCAGCGAAUGUACAGCCAUAGAGUAUGUGUUUGUAUAUAUUUGUAAAUGUUUGGGUUUCUUGUUCCCCCCCCCCCUCCAUUUUAAAAAUGAAGUUAAGCGGUUCAGAGGAGAGACGAAAAAGAGUGCAAAAUGCUGAGUGUGUAACGUUUCACGGUUUUGCUUUGUGCCUUCAUCAUUCCAAGGUGUGUGUUGUGUUCUUCAUUUUCUAAAAAAAUAAUAUAGUUUACAUUAGGGGGAGAGGAAAAAAAAAAAAAAGACCUGAGGUGCGCAGGGCAGGAAUUAAAGGGUAAAUACUGCAUUCUGAAUUUUCCUUUCUUUCCUUUUCAUGGUCUCCUUCUUUUUGUCUACCAUUUGUUUGUUUGUUUUGUUUUUUUUUAAAGGAAAAAGAUCCUUAUUUUGGAUUCUUGUAUCGGAAAAAUCAUAUUUAAAAUAUCUUGUAAUUUUGUAAAGUUGGCCUGUUGAGAUUUUUUAAUUUUAUUCCCUUUUAAUUUUUUUUCCCUCUUCUUUUUUUUUUUUUUUUUUAUUGUUUGUAUCUUUCCAUUGUACGCUCCUGGAGAGUUACUUUUAUUAAUAGUGUCUUUAAUUUUUUUUUUUUUUUUAAAUAAUAAUAAUUUUAUUUGAUUUAAAAAAAAAAAAAAAAAAAAAAAGGUAUCACAUUAUGUUUAUCUAUCUCUGCCAGUAAUCAGUCUUCUAUUUUUCCAUAAUUCUGCAAUUCUUACAUACAUCCAUUAUAACUCAUAGUUGCUUAGUAAUGUGUGUAAUGUAGGUGGAUUGGUUUCAGGUUCGUAACUGCUGUUCCUCACGCCGACCGACCUCCAUCCUCC